CAUCAGGGCACUGAUGAUCAGUGCCCUGAUGAUUGGUGCCCAGCAGCGCCACCCACCAGCUCCACCCACCUGUGCCCAGCAGUGCAACCACCUGUGCCCAGCAGUGCCCACCAGUGCCACACAGCAGUGCCACCUACCUGGGCACAGCAGUGCCACCCACCUGUGCCCACCAGUGCCACCCACCAGUGCCACCCAUCAGUGCCCACCAUCAGUGCCGCCAGUCAGUGCCCAGCAGUGAUGCCAGUCAGUGCCACCUAUCAGUGCUGUCUAUCAGUACCCAUCAUCAGUGCCGCCUAUCCGUGACACCUCAUUAGUGCUGCCUAUCACUGCCACUUAUCCGUG